AUGCGUUCUUUCGCCCUCCUCACAGCGGUGUUGCCGCUAAUCCAGGCCAUUGAGCCUCCCCGCAAGCCACACCAACCUCUCGGCAACGGCUCCAAGCGCCUCUCCUACAACGAGACCACCGCCAGCCCUGGGUCCUUGUCUGCUAGUUCCCGCUCAUUUAGCUGGGUCGGAACUGGCAAAGAUGGUGAUUACAUCUACCCAGCAGCUUCUGGAGACCUUGUUUUCGAGAAUGUUGCAACGGGUGAAUCGUCCACCUUCAUCUCUGCGGAUAAGAUCCCAGAAAACUACUGGGACUUCUUCAUCUCACCCGAUGCUAGCAAAGUCAUGUGGGCUGUCAACUACACCAAGGAGUACCGCUACUCUUACUAUGCCGACUACCUGAUCAUGGACGUCGCAACUGGCGAGUCUGUGCCACUGGACCCCGAGCAAGCUGGCGACAUUCAGUAUGCUGAAUGGAGCCCGGUUUCCUCAUCUCAAGUCGCCUUCGUCAAGGGAAACAACCUGUAUGUCAGCACAAAUGGCACCAUUGCUCAAAUCACCGAGAACGGCGGCCCAGACUACUUCAACGCCGUCCCCGACUGGGUUUACGAAGAGGAGAUCUUUGGCGACCGCUACACUCUGUGGUACUCUCCCGAUGGUACCAGGAUUGCUUUCCUGAGCUUCAACGAGACCGGAGUUGGCUCAUUCAGAAUCCCAUACUACAUCGACAACGACUCGGAAUUUGUGCCCGUGUACCCCAACGAGCUUGAGCUGCGCUACCCCAAGGUCGGCACCAAGAACCCCACUGUCGUUUUGAACAUGCUCGAGGUUGAGUCCGGAGAAGUCUCAAACAUCCCAAUCGAUGCGUUCCCCGAGGACGACCUCGUCAUUGGUGAAGUCGCCUGGCUGACUGAGGGCCACAGCAAGGUCAUCUACCGUGCCUACAACCGUGUUCAAGAUCUGGAGAAGCUAGUGACUGUUGACGUUGAGGCCGGCUCGUCCAAGGUCACCCGUGAGCGUGACGGCACCGAUGGAUGGCUAGAGAACUUGAUGCAGAUCCGUUACAUCGGUGCUCUUGAGGCUGGAAAUGUCACUUCCGGCAACUCCACCGAGUUCUACCUUGAUAUUUCUGACCAGAGUGGUUGGGCGCACAUCUACCUCUUCCCAGUCUCUGGUGGAGAGCCAAUUGCACUCACCUCCGGCGAGUGGGAGGUUCUCUCCAUCCUCAAGGUUGAUUACAAGCGUGGUCUGGUCUACUAUACUUCCACCGAGCAUCACAGCACCGAGUCCCACGUGUACUCCGUCACCUUUUCUGGAAAGAAGACUGCCCUUGUCAAUGACAAGGAGGCUGCCUUCUGGACUGGCUCUUUCUCGUCCGGCGGCUCUUACUACGUCCUACGAUAUGCUGGUCCCGACGUUCCAUACCAGGAACUGUACUCGCUCAACUCGAGCCAGCCCAUCCGUACCAUUGUGAACAACAGCGCACUGUACAACAAGCUCCAGGAGUACAACUUGCCCAACAUUACAUACCUGGACCUAGAGCACCCAUCGGGCUACACGCUCGAUGCCAUGCUUCGUCUCCCACCCAACUUCGACCCCAGCAAGAAGUACCCUCUCAUCCUCAUCCCAUACGGUGGACCCAACGCCAAGGAAGUGCACAAGCAGUUCAGCUCGCUGAACUGGAAGGCCUACAUUGCGUCCGACCCAGAGCUCGAGUACAUCACUCUCACGGUUGAUAACCGCGGUACUGGCCGCAAGGGCCGUGCUUUCCGCUCAACUGUAGCGUCCAACCUUGGCCAACUUGAGGCUGAAGAUCAGAUUUGGGCAGCCAAGGAACUCGCUAAGAACUCUUGGGUUGACAGCGAGCACAUUGGUAUCUGGGGCUGGUCCUACGGCGGUUACCUCUCCUCCAAGGUUGUUGAAGUCGGUGACCCAAUCAUCAGCUACGCUAUGAUCACCGCUCCCGUCAGCGACUGGCGCUUCUACGACUCCCUCUACACCGAGCGCUACAUGAAGACCCCCGAAAUCAACCCCGAGGGCUACAACCGCAGCCGCGUCCACGACGCCACGGGCUUUAAGAACAUUGCCGGUGGUGUUGUAAUCCAGCACGGUACUGGUGACGACAACGUCCACUUCCAGAACGCUGCUGCCCUCGUCGAUCUCCUCAUGGUGAACAUGGUCAGCCCCGAGAAGAUGCAAAACACCUACUUCACCGACUCGGACCACAGCAUCAACUUCAACAACAACGGCAAGUUCCUGUACAAGCAGCUGAGCAAGAAGCUGUUUGAGGAGAAGAACAGGAAGGGAGAUAGCAAGGGCAACCACCAGUGGAGCAAGAGGGCUGCUUCUGCUACCAAGUGGACUGCUUGA